CUGAUUAGCGUAUCCCUGCUUCUUUACCAUAUCGAUCGAUGUUACUACCGUAUAAUAUUUACCCCGCCGAAACCGGACGUUUCGUCACAAAUGUGCGACGUUAGCGGAAGUUUCUAAUUUCUCCAGCAAAAGCGAAAGAGAGCAAAGGACUGACUAUGAAUACUCGAGGACUCCGCUCCCAGCUGAAAGACAGCGUGCCGGUGACCGGCUUCUGCCCCCACGGGUCCUAUGGGGUCCAGGACACCCUCCGCAGCGGGUUUAGCAGUGUAAAAAAUGAGAUCCUCCCCAGCCACCCACUGGAGCUGUCUGAAAUGAAUUUCCAGGUGAACCAGGAGAAGAUGAAUUUCGCCACAGUCAGAAACAUCCAGGGUCUCCACGCGCCACUCAAACUGCAGAUGGAGUACAGGGCGGCCAGACAGAUUCAGCGGCUGCCGUUUUUGCCGAGUUCCAAUCUGGCCUUGGACACGCUCCGAAACAGUGACGAGAGCAUCGGCUUUGAGGACAUCCUCAACGAUCCAUAUCAGAGCGAACUGAUGGGCGAGCCUCACAUGAUGACGGAGUACCAACUUGGACUUUUAUAAGAAAUGAAACCAGGAUACAAAUCAUAUACUCGCCUCCAGAUAUAAAUUCCAUUGUGUUAUUGUCUCUGCUGGUAGCUUGUUUUUUCCCAUUUGUUUCCUGUCAUCUGAACCUCAACAGUACUGGUUGGACCGAUUUGGUUGAUGUACCUUUUUUGUAUGGUUGCUGUACCCUCAUCCUCCUGUGUUUCUAAUAAACCGUUAACACAAAAAUAAA